GUCCCAGCUAAUAUUUUUGCUGCUGGUUUGCCAUGUCUUGCCACAUGGAUGUGAACAGGAUCAAAAGCGCCUAAAAAUGACCGUUCUGUACGAGGUUUUGUGUGUGGAUUCUGUAGAUUAUUUGACAAGUUUGUUACCUGUUUUCAAAAAGUUAAAUGGAUACAUUGACCUCCAGUUGGUUCCCUACGGCAAAGCUUCGCAUGGAGGAACAGUUUGCCAACAUGGUCCUAAAGAAUGUAAGGGAAAUAGAAUUCAGGAUUGUGCUCUUCAUACCGACAUGACCCAAUUAGAAAAAUUGAGCUACGUCACUUGUCAGAUAACAAACAGAAAAUUGGUAACUAAGAUAGAUACAAAAUGCAUCAAAUCAUCGGCCAUCAAGAGGUAUAUUACUGAAUGUAUGGGUCGAAAUGGCCGGUCGAGGACAUAUCAGAAACAAUCCGAGAGAAUCACCAACAUGUACGAGUUCGAUCAAAUUCCGGCCAUAAUAUACAAUGAUGAUUUCGAUGAAAGUCUACAAGAUGAGGCCACUGAUAAACUCAAAAAGAGUAUAUGCAGGGCCAUAGUGGAAACUGGAAUCGAAGAGCCAACAUACUGUUUUAAAAAUAAGCAUUAAAUUGUAUUUUCACGGUAGCCGUGCAAUAUUGAAAUAUUGAUAUACACAUCUGUAAAGUUUCAAGGCUCUUUA